GCGAGACAGUCCCUCUUCAUGUCUGAUCGCCACCUCAGCCUCUCUACCUAUGAUGAGCCAGAGGGACAAGAGGGAAACAGCCUCCCUCCCCAACCCCCUCUCCAGGAGUGUCCCUUCUGCCACAGACAGGCUUAGCGAGAGUCCAGAGGCGGAGUCUGACAGCAGGUGGUGUCCUGGCCAAUCAGAGGAGCUUCUGCAGACCACCGAGUCGUCCACGUCCACUGACUCCUCCGUCGGAGAAGACUGUGUGGACGCUAGUCUCCAUAGUGACCUGGAUGCUGAUGCUCUGGACUACGAGGCUGAGUCUUGGAGUCUGAUGGUGGAACACAUGUUCUGUAAGAAGCAGGACAAACGGGUGGUCAAGAGACAGGAUGUUAUCUAUGAGUUGAUGCAGACAGAGAUGCACCACCUCCAGACACUGAGGAUCAUGGCUGAGGUGUUCCGGCGAGGGAUGAGGGAGGAGGUUCAGUUGGAUGCGGGCGCCGUGGACCGUGUCUUUCCCUGUCUGGAUGAACUGCUCCUCCUCCACCACAACCUCUUCAACGCCAUGAGGGAACGCCGACACAGCUCCGCCAAGCCACACGGGGACAGGAACUACGUCAUAGUACGCAUCGGAGACAUCCUGUUGCAACAGUUUUCUGAAGACAGUGCAGAGAGGAUGAAACAGGUGUAUGGAGAGUUCUGCAGCCAUCACACUGAGGCAGUCACCUUCUUCAAAGAGUUACAGCAGCACAACAAACGAUUUCAGACCUUCAUCAAGCAACAAAGUAAUAACUAUUUGGUCCGGAGGAGAGAGAUCCCAGAAUGCAUCUUGUUGGUGACCCAGAGGAUCACUAAGUACCCUGUUCUGCUGGAGAGGAUUCUACAGUACACUCAGGCGGACAGUGAGGAGCACAUGGACCUCUCCAGAGCUCUGGUUCUGAUCAAGGAAGUGAUCGCGGCAGUUGACCUGAUGGUCAGUGAGUUUGAGCAGGGUCAGCGGUUACAGGAUGUCCUGAACAGGAUGGAGAAUCGGAGCUUUGCCAAGCUGAAGAACGGGCACACCUUCAGAAAGCAGGAUGUUCUGGGGCCAGGCCAGACCCUCAAACACCAGGGCCCGUUACUGUGGAAGACCGCCACCGGACGACUCAAAGAUGUCAUGGCUCUCCUUCUGACAGACACACUGAUCUUCCUCCAGGAGAAAGACCAGAAGUUCAUAUUCGCUGCUGUGGACCAGAAGCCCCCAGUGAUCUCUCUCCAGAAGCUGAUCGUCAGAGAGGUAGCCAAUGAGGAGAGAGGGAUGUUUCUGAUCAGUGCGUCGGCCGCAGGGCCAGAGAUGUACGAGGUCCACACUUCCUCCAAGGAAGAACGCAACACCUGGAUGAGACUAAUCAGAGAGGCAGUAGAGAGCUGUCCAGAGGAAGAGGAGGAGAACACUAACGAGUCAGAAGAGGAGAGAAGAACAGCUGAGGCCAGAGUCCAGAAGAUACACAAACUACAGGAGACCCUAUCCAGUCAGGAUUAUCAGAUAUGCUCCAGUCUGGAGGAGAAGCUACAGAUCUAUGCUGAACUGUCUGCCCUGAGGGGUGAGGCCCAGGAACCACACCCUGAGCCACACCUACUGGUCCAGCCAAACCCAGAGGAGGUGCCCCAGGCUGCAGUACUGCUUACUGCCGCGCUCAGAGAGGCUGAGAACCUGAGGACCACUCUGUCCUCCAGGACCUGUUCUCCCUCCAGCCUCUGCAGCCCUCACAGGGACCCCCUGUCUAACCCUGUGUCCUCAGCCAACCCUCCUACCCCCAUGGACACCCCCACAGACGGCGAAGCCUCACAUGGGGACCCUGAAACCAGGGACGGGGAGUGGUCAGCCUCCCAGGCCCUCGUACUGCAGUCCCUGACUCAACCCCACACUGGGGACACUAAUAAUAUCAACCUUAAGGUGUCACACAGUGUCCAAAGCUUGACCCAGUUACUCUAUAGUCUACAGGCGGCGGUAACCAUCCAAGACAGUUUCUACGAGGUUCAGAAGUUCCUCCUCCAUGAGAGUGACCGCCACUCCCCCCGCUCUCCGAGACCACACACCCCAUGUCUCCGUGGCAACGCUCUGCAGGAGCAGGAGAAGCAGCGUAACCUGGAGAAGCGCCGUGAGGAGGUGGCGGCAGCGGUACGGCUGCAGGGCAGGCUGCACCAGGAGAGACAGCGGUGGGAGAGGGAGUGCCAGGCACGCCACAGCCAACAGGGGGAGCUGGAGAGCAGACUGGAGGAGAGGGAGAGACAGUGCCACCUGGAGGCUGAGAGGCUGAAACAGGAGCGGGAAGAGCUGGAGGAGCAGCUGGGGGAGUACCAGCAGAGCCUGGAGAGGCUGAGAGAGAGUCAGAUGAAUGUGGAGAAGGAGAGGGAGAGGCUGGAGACCCAACAGAACCUGCUGCAGAGCUGGAGACACAGCCGACAGAGGAGCCUGCCUGUCAUGGUCAUACCGCUGGACCGCUGUCAUCAGGACUCACUUCCUGGCCAGCCUGGAGGCCAUCUUGACAACGGCGGCUCAGUUUUUGUCAACGAGGCUGCGGUCACCACGGCAAUGGGGCUCAACAACCGCCAUGUGCACCACCACCUGCAGCAGCAGCAGAGAGGGGGGUCCCUGGGGUACGGAGAUGACCCUCGAGCCCACAACAGCCUGAACACCCUAAUGGCCCGCUCCAGCCACGGACAGACACUCCAACUCCACCCUGACACACACACACCCCAGGACUGGGCGGGGGUCACCGGUGUCACCGGGUACCUCUACACACCCACAGGGGGACAGGGCUCUGAGCAGAAACCCAACGAUAUAAACACACACCACAAUGUGAGGGAGACGUGGUCGUCGAUGGCAACAGCGGCUGGACAAUAUCAGGGUGUACCCCCACAUGGAGAUCCCCAACUGGACCUGUCCUUCUUGGUUCCCCUGGAGACGGAGAGUGGGGAUGGGGAGGACGUGGGAGAGGAGAACAUUGUGUAUCUCUGAGGCUGAACCCCCUGAGUCAAAACCAGGACUUAAAUCUGGAAUCCUUAAUGGUGAAACUGCCACGUCCGUUUGAGAUAUUACAACAACAAAGAAGUUACUGCAAACAACAAACACGUUUUUUCCCCCUUGGACAUCAUUAUAAUCACAGAUUUAACAGGAUUAUAUAAAGGUUCCGAAUCCAAGAUUGGACAGUAAAUAUCUAGGCCUAUUGUAUAUCAACAAGGUUUAAAGAAGUAACAGGACUGGCACAUACAGAAAUCUCUCAUGCUUUGUCUCUCUGCCCCGCCACGUCUGUGCCAGGUACCCUCCAUAUGUGUCGCCAAGUGUUGUCAAUGAGAGACACUUUUAUAGUGCUACAUGUUUAUGUGUCCAUAUGUGCAGUGUGUGUGUGUGUAACUUCAUCCUCUGUGUGUGUGUGUGUGUGUGUGUGUGUGUA